AGCCAGCGAGAGAGUUAAGGCACUGUACAUCAUCUUGGAUAAAAUCACCGGUCAGCCGUAUGGGGCGUACUGCACCUGUGCAGUCGGUCUCUAUCAGUCCUGUGCUCACGUGGGGGCCACAUUGUUCCAACUGGCAGACUUGGUUUCCAUGGGAUAUACCCAGCUGCCGGACGACCCAACAUGUACCGAGAAGCUGUGCGCGUGGACAGACCCUAAAGCUGCAGCUGUUCAGCCGAAGCUGUACACGGAGAUUGAGUUCAGAAAAAAGCCCCAGAAAGUUCGGAGAACAUCUGACACAUACGGGGAAAAAGUUGCGAGGGUAGACGAAUGCGACAGAGUGGAAGGGGCAGCAGUCCUGUGUCAGAAGCUGUUCAACGCCACUCAGCACAUGAAACAGCAUGUUGUUGCUACAAGCGUUCUCACAUCUGGUUCCUCUGUGCUACGCUCCCCAGCCGUCAAAGUUUUGCCAACCCGUGUCGGUCCAGAUUCGCACCUCCUGGUUCCAGCAAACUUUGAAACAGCAGUUUCCCAGCCUACCCCCCUCGCUUACGCGCCUAUCUCCGAAAACAUGACCACAAGUGAUUUCGUCAACUCUUGCAAAACAGACCAGAAGGAAAGAAGAGAUGUGGAAAUGAUGACAAGAGGCCAGAAUCAGAAUGCUAAGUGGUACGCCAUGCGGUCAGGGUCUUUAACCACAACAAAGUUCCAUCGGAUAGAUAGGUUAAUGACCGGUGGCAAGGCAUCACCCAGUAGACUAGUCAGUGAUUGUAUGGGGGACAAGUACAAGAACCUUACAAAGCCUCCUCCACUACCAAAUGCCAAGAGUAUCAAAUGGGGAGUAGCAAACGAGUCACUUGCCAGAAAUGCCUACUUCAACAAGGAGAAGACCAAACAUUCCAACUUAGUCAUAAAGGAGACAGGGUUGAUUGUACACAACACCAAAUCAUACCUGAGGGCUAGUCCGGAUGGAGUAGUGUUGUGUGACUGUUGCCCACCUAGAAUCCUGGAGAUCAAAUGCCCAUACAGCGCAGCCCAUGAAGCAAUAAGGGGCAACACAAAGAUCAAGUAUAUAGAAGAAGUAGGCAAUACAUUGGCACUGAAAGGAGGCAACCAUGGCUACCUCGAGCAGGUUCAAGGGUGUAUGGCGAUCACAAAUGUUUCCAAGUGUGACUUUGUGGUCUACACUGUGAAGGACAUCGAAGUGAUUCAUGCUGGACUUUGA